CGGGAGCGUCGUUUUGCUUGAUGCGUUGUGCGGGCUCCGCUUCUUAAAUCGUGAAAUUUGGUGAACUUCAGUGAAAUUUUACACGAAACGGAUUGAAAUUCUAGCCCCAGAAUGGCCCAAAGCAAGACAGACUUGAUGGCCGUUCUGGCCGUCUUGAAAAAGUACAAUCUUAAGGGAACGGAAGAUAUUCUCAAGAAAGAAGCUAGUUUGUCGGACAUUCCGGAGAAUGCUGCCGGCGAGGCUGAGGUAAACAGCGUCCUGGCUGCCUACAAGAGUGAAGGUGAUCCCGAUAUUUACGAAAAUUCCUACAUGGAGCUGCGAAGGUUCGUGGAGGAAUCGCUGGACAUUUACCGGCAUGAGCUAGCGUUGAUUCUGUAUCCGGUACUGGUUCACAUGUACAUCGAACUGGUUUACAACAGUCACGAGGAGCAGGCGAAAAAGCUUAUUUCUAAGUUUGGACCGGAGCAAGAAUAUUAUUAUCAAGAUGAGCUGACCAAAUUGGCCAUGGUCACCAAACGGGAUCAGAUGAGUGGAAAUGAUUUGACGGACACGUUCAAGUCGAAUGCAUUUACUAUCAGAAUUUCUCGAGAUACUCUUUCCCUUUUGAAGCGGCAUCUCCAUGAGAAGAAAGCAUCGGUCAUUUUGAACAUUGUCAAUGAGCAUCUUUUCUUUGAUCUGUACGAAGGUGUGGCACGGAACAAAUCGCAAUGCGAUGCCACUUCCGGUGCCAUGAUUGGAGAAGCCAAACGAUUGGACAACAAAGUUAAAGUUUAUUAUGGUUUGCUGAAGGAACCGGAUGUCCAAACGUUAGUCCAGGCCCCACCGGAAGAGGACGAUGAUAUGGAUCCGGAUGCACCGGAUAAACCGAAAAAGAAAAAGGCCAAAAAGGAUCCACUGUUUUCGAAAAAGUCCAAAUCAGACCCCAACGCUCCUCCACUGGAUAGAAUCCCUUUGCCCAAACUGAAGGACGUCGACAAGAUGGAGAAGAUCAAGUCUUUGCGAGAAGCAUCCAAAAGACUUAAUCUGGGACCGGACUGUCUCCCCUCGGUGUGUAUGUACACGCUACUGAAUGCCAACUAUACUGUUACUUGCGCCGAGAUCUGCGAAGACUCCAGUCUCAUAGCGAUCGGAUUCUCCGAUUCCUCCAUCAAGGUGUGGUCGCUGACACCGGUCAAGCUUCGAGAAAUGAAAACUGCCGAACAGCUCAAAGAAAUCGAUCGGGACGCCGAUGACGUGUUGAUUCGAAUGUUGGAUGACCGGAAGGCAGAAAUCAGCCGGAUGCUGUACGGCCACAGUGGUCCCGUUUACAGGGCCUCAUUUUCGCCGGAUCGUACCCUGUUGUUGAGUUGCUCCGAAGAUUGUACCAUUCGUUUGUGGUCACUUCAUACUUGGACCUGCGUUGUGGUCUAUAAGGGACACCAGUUCUCAGUGUGGGACGUUCGAUUCUCGCCCCAUGGACACUAUUUCGUGAGCUGUUCACACGACAAAACUGCUCGACUUUGGGCCACCGACUCGCACCAACCGCUGCGUAUUUUCGCCGGUCAUCUGUCGGACGUUGAUGUGGUGGUGUUCCACCCGAACUCAAACUACGUUGCAACCGGUUCCAGCGAUCGAACCGUUCGGCUGUGGGACGUUUGCGUUGGCAAUCAUCUGAGACUUAUGACCGGUCAUAAGGCCCCGAUCCACUCGAUGGUGUUCUCGAUGUGUGGUCGCUAUCUGGCAUCCGGUUCAGCUGAUUGUCGGGUCCUCAUUUGGGACCUAGCUCAUGGGCAUCUGUUGGCCGCCCUUUGCGGUCACUCUGCUUCCAUUCAUUCCCUUUGUUUCAGUCGGGAUGGAACGAUUCUGGCAACCGGUGGGCUAGACUGCAAUCUGAAGUUGUGGGACUUUUCCAAACUGUGUGAAGACAUUAGCGGGGAAAAUGUGAACGUUUCACACAAUCCGGACGUGCGCGAUGGGGAACCGUAUUUGAUGCGGUCGUUCCCUACCAAACAGACGCCGUUCCUGACGUUGCAUUUUACCAGACGGAAUUUGCUGCUCGGUGUCGGAAUGUUCGAGGGAUCAGCCUAAGGCGGAAUCAAACUUAUAUGUGAGUAAUGUUUGUUUAACUUUUUUUUCCCUACAGUUUCACUAUGUGUAAGUUUAUAUUUUGUCCUCAUAAUAUUGGAAAUCUUUACAAUCAAACGAACAGAACCCAUUUUAAAUAUAUGAUUAAAAUCGUGA